GUAUUAGUAUUCACUGAGAAUUAUAAGAUGCUUGGAAUAGGCAAGCAUUGUAUGUGUUAGUUGCACAAAUGCAUCGAAGGGGUUGUUGUAGCUCCUUGUUUAAUUCAAAUAGUCUCUGUUAAAUUCUCCAGUAAAAAGUGAAAUCCCCGAUAUUCUAAGCGCAUCAUUUUUGAAUCUGAAUUAUAUUUCGUUGAAUUGUGCUUUCAAUUAUUUUGCACGCUUUGCCAAACUUUAAGCGACUGUAUAUUCAGGAGAUUAAAUCUUCUCGAAAUCGGUAUAGCAGAGGCUUUGCCUGCGCUACUUACUAAAAGUGCAUGGAGGUAUGAGUUUCGGCACUGUUCAGUCCCAAGGCACAUCAGAAAAUUGUCCACAACCACCAUUGUCUUCCUGGAAUACUGGAUCUACAAAAACUUGCAAUGCCUGUAUUCUUCUAUUUCGAAGAUCAAGUGGCAUUUUUCAAGAUCAGGCUGGAGUAUUGUACAGAAAAAACAUGAUGCUCCUGUGCCAGCUCAUGUGCCAGGACACCACUGUAUUCAAAAAUGUGUGGAUGAAGCGCUCAAAAUGUCCUAUUGCUUACGAAAAAGGAAGAAUUUACUUUGAAAAUUAUCGAUGCUGCUACAACAGCAUUGGCGUGAAACCUCAUCGACUCUAUGAACUGCCUAAGUGCUCAAAGCUGGAAAAGAUUCAGGAUGCUUUACUGUGUGAAUGCCCUAUUGGUGAAACCUUGUCCACACCAGCCGACAGUGAAUCUUGCCUUCUUGCGCUUACAACCAACAACUGGCUUCAUCGGUAUUCCACCAAGACUGGCAAACUGCUGGGAAGUGUUUAUUUGUCCUCUCAGUGUAAAUUCAGGUACUUGAGCUGGGAUAUACCUCAGGAAACUCUGGUGAUCAAAUCUGUCCAGAGCAAGCUGACUCCUUUGGCUAGACAGGCAGGUGUUGUCCAGCCGUCUCUGCUAUGUCUUGCCGUGUUCCAGGUUCUUCCACUGACAUUGCUCUGGAUGCUUGAGAUUAGCAAAAACGUUUUCGGAAAUAAUAUCAUCGAUGCCACUAUAUCUCACGGUAUACUUAUUGUAACAUACAGCAUGGGACUAGUGCGACUGUACAGCUUUAAACAAAUAACAGAAAAGUUUAUGCUACAAAAAUCUGUACUUGGUCAGGAGUUUGAAAAGAACGGAUGUCCUGGCUUAGUAGGGUUACCACCGUUUGGCAUUCCUUUUAACAUUCAAAUAACAGAGCCUCCUCUGUUACUGUUUGAGGUGUCUUGUCUGGAAAAUGCUUUACAGAUUGGUGGAUUCCCCUGGCAUUACAUUGUUACGCCAAAUAAGAAGCAAAACAAAGGCAUCUAUCAUAUUUGUUCGCUAAAGGAUAAUCUGCUGGCAAAGAAUGGAAUUCAGGAAAUGAAUUGUUGUUCAAUGGAGUCCGACUGGAUAUACUUCCAUCCUGAUGAUUCUGGGAGAAUCAUACAUGUUGGACCAGGGAAGAUAAACAUGCUGAAACUGACAGAAAUCCAUGAAUGCCAGUACCAAGUUGUGGAAGACUACAUCAUUGUUGCUGCUCGAGAAAACAGGGCAAAUCAAAAGAUAACGGUCACUUCUUCAGGCCGUGUUGUGAAAAAGAGAUAUGACCAACUGGAUGAUGACCCAGAGCAAGAGACAUUUAAGAUUGUUGAGUAUGAAGAUGAGCUGGACCUUUUGGCAACAGUAGCUGUGACUCAGACAGAAACAGAUGGGAAAGCCCUUGUUCGUCUCCAUGACAACCAGACAGGAGUACUUAUCAAGGAGAUCAAUCUGGAGGAAUCUUGGGAUGUGACCCACAGCAAUGAACUGUUCUUUGACAGAGAUACCAUUGUGCAUCUGGAAAACCUGCCUAACAGAAAUUUCACGUGCUAUGUUUACAAAAUGAUCCGGCACUUCCAGGAUGAAGAUUAGCAUUGAGACUGGCAACUUUGGACUUGUGGUGCUUGAAAUUGUUGUUAGAUUAUUUGUAAUGUCAAUUUUUUUAGUACUGUAUACACUUAAUAGGAAAUAUUAAAUCAGGAUGUUUUGCAAUAUUUUGAUAUACUUUACCAAUUAUGAGAAUUGCUCAAAGGGAACUUAAACGUAGUCAGGUGGGGUACCAUACGUACUGUGUAAGGUCUAAACUAGUAGCCCUCAAUUUGUUUUUGU